GGAGGGCAUUGCAUUGAUUUAUCAUCGUCGAUCUCCUACAUAGCUUUAUUUGUUUGUUAGUUAUAUUCAAGAGAAAUGGCGUCGGUUCUUGAAGUCGAGGUGGACUUGAAAUCGAGCGCAGAAAAGAUAUGGGAGGGCAUAAAAAACUCGGCCACUUUGUUCCCCAAGGCUAUGCCUCAGCAGUAUGAGAGCAUUGAGGUCCUCGAAGGCGAUGGACAAUCUGCCGGCUCCGUCCGUCUCAUUAAGUUCCCAUCCGGACUAUCUGAGAUAUCAAGCACAAAGGAGAAGAUAGAAAAGGUGGAUGAGGCGAACAAGAACGUGGAGUACACGGUGAUCGACGGGGAGAUGCUUAAAUACUACAAGAGUUUCAAGGGGAAGACUGUGGUGAGCUCGAAAGGAGAUGGCUCUGUGGUGAAGUGGUCGUGCAACUACGACAAGGCCAGCGAAGAUGUCCCAAAUCCCGACCUCAUUAAGGAAUUUGCUAUCAAGAAUUUCCAGGAACUCGAUGCUUAUCUCCUUAAAGCCAACUAAGGAUAUAUGAUCAUUUGUUGUUGCCUAUCCAUAGAUUGUAAUGCUUCAUAGAAUCUAUGGUGUUGUUUGUCUUUGGAGUUGCUUUGAAUUUGAGUGUAUGAGAGGAAGAUGAGCUUUAGAAUGGUUGGUAUGUAUCGAAAUGAAUAAAAUAAAAUAAUGCAUGCGAGUUUA